AGCCGUGAAGGCUCUAGAUCUCGCGCGUGGCGUUGCGAGGCAAGUUUUCCUUCCGCUCCGCCGCUCGCUUAGACCGGCAGCCAUGGCGCCGGCGCGCAGACCCAUCGUGGGCGGCAAUUGGAAGUGCAACCCGUCCGGCCUGUCUCAGCUCGACGACCUCAUCAAAAACAUCAACGCGUGCGACACGAGCAAGUGCGACGUCUACGUCUGCCCGUCCACCCUGCAUGUGCCAUACGUUGUGCCGAAGAUCACCAACGGGGCACUAGUUACGCCGCAGGACUGCAACCCCAAGGGUUGUGGCGCAUUCACAGGCUCCAUGGCCGUCGCGCAGAUGAAGGACAUGGGCAUGACGCAGGUGAUGAUCGGGCACUCCGAGCGCCGCGGCGAGUUCGGGAUCUUCAAGAUGGACGACGACGCUACGCUGGCCGCCAAGCUCAAGUGCGUGCUUGACGCGGGCAUGUCGUGCGUCUUCUGCAUCGGCGAGCCCAAGGAGGCCUGCCAGCGGCGCUGCGCUCGCGCUUCUCCGUCAUGCUUCGGAUGGUCUAGCGUCCGAAAUUAUCAUAAAUCAUCCGUCGGCUGCGCGCCAUCCCAGGGCUCAUUUCGAUUCCUC